AUGAAAAGGCUCUUUCACAGGCUGCUGGGCAGUGGCGCUGGAGACAGCCGGACGGGCAGCAGCACCAACGGUGAAAUGGCUCCAGCCCAGAUGGCAGCCUCUGGCCUUCUGCUCCUCCUGGCGCUGCCUGCAGGGGCCUGGCCCAGGCUGGGGCUGCCCCACAGGCCGUGUGUGCACUGCUGCCGCCCGGCCUGGCCACCAGCUACCCCUGGCUCACACGGCCCUGAUGGUGAUGGGGAGAAAUGGGUGCAGCUGCCCCACGUGCGACCCACCAUCGACAUCUCCAUCCUCAAAGGUGAGAAGGGUGAGACCGGGGUCAGAGGUCACUCCGGGAGGAGCGGGAAGGAGGGCCCGCCAGGCUCCCGGGGUCUCCGGGGCCGCAAGGGCCAGAAGGGGCAGGUGGGGCUGCCGGGCACCCCAUGCCAACGUGCCUACGCCGCCUUCUCCGUCGGCCGGCGCGAGGGGCUGCACAGCACCGAUGCCUUCCAGGCCGUGCCCUUCGACACGGAGCUGGUGAACCUGGACGGCGCCUUCGACCUGGCGUCGGGCCGCUUCCUCUGCGCCGCGCCGGGCGUGUACUUCCUGAGCCUCACCGUGCACACCUGGAACUACAAGGAGACCUACCUGCACAUCAUGUGCAACCAGCAGGCCGCGGCCGUGCUGUACGCGCAGCCGAGCGAGCGCAGCGUCAUGCAGACCCAGAGCCUGCUGCUGCCGCUGGCCGCGGGGGACACGGUCUGGGUGCGCAUGUUCAAGCGUGACCAAGACAACGCCAUCUACGGCGAGCCCGGGGACCUCUACAUCACCUUCAGCGGCCACCUUGUCAAGCCGGCCGCCGAGCUCUAG